GUGACAUGUUGGCUCUGCGGCAGCUCUGUGAUUUCCCAGCAUCCUUCAGUCAGGCGGAUGAGCGCGGCUGGUUUCCUCUGCACUGGGCGGCGGUGCAACCUCUGGUUCUGGUCCUGGAGACGGUGCUGUACGCGUCUUUCCGUCUGACUCUGGAGGAAAAGACUUCGGAAGGGGAGACCUUCCUGACUUUAGCGGUUGGAGAUGGUUUGUUGGAAAACGUGAAGCUGUUGUUGGAGAACGGCGCUUCUCCUCACACGACCAACAGCAAGAACGAAACCCCGCUGCUUUUAG